UUUCUACAAACCAACCAUAACUUGCUCUAAUAAAGGUGCCCAGCGGAACCUGGAAGACAAAAUGGAGAGUUGCGGUAGGGAAACCUACAUAUUGGGGGCAAUAGGAGGGGUGGAGGGCCUCCUGCUCCUGCUUGUACUCAUUCUGUUUGUCUAUACAUGCCAGCUUCGAAAAAGAGUGAUGAGGUUGGAGAGGGACAGGGAUGGUUCUUUGGAGAAUCAGCUUCAUUAUGCAUCUCUCCAGGGACUUACAGCUGGCUUAAGGGAAGGAGCUGGGGAAAUUCCUCAGUAUGAUCCCAGUGGGGACUAUGCUCGUAUUAAGAACAAUAGCCCAGCCUAAUCACAACUGCAGAGGUCAUAUCCAAGAAGUUUGCACCAGCAGGAGCCCAGAAAUAGUGAUGAAGCCCACCAAAAAUGCUAAGUGACAAUGAGGAGGCCCAAGCUUUGGUCUGGUGAUGACCCUGCCAUCUUCUUAUCCUUCCCCUGGGCCCCAACUAAGGGGGAAACUCUCAGUGAACCCAAUAAAGAGCAUUUUGUUUCAA